GAGAAUCUGAUUGGAUUUGAAUUUCUUAUUUUAAUAAUCUGCUAAAAUCGCAAAAUUAAAACGUUAAUAUUACAAAACAAUAACAUACAGUUCUCCUAAAAAUGUCACAUAAUUACAAAAUAAUAAAUCACGAAAAUGUUAACGGCGUAAAUCUAUCUUUGAGGGUUGAAAAUCGUCUGAAUUCACCGAAUUCUCAACGCUUUACAAUAACUUAUAAAAACAAGGAACAGAAGUCUGCUUGGCCGUUAAAAUCUCUGUUUUUAGCUGUGAUAUUUAAUGUGCUAGCCCUCUGUUUUGUACGUAUAAGCGUACAGGCUAUAUUAGUGAUAAUUAUUGUAUUGUCAUUCUUAGUUUUCUUCUGGAUUACCCAUAGCGUUCAAUCAGAAAGUCUCCUAGUCAUUCCAACAGUUGGUGUGCAAAGCUCAGUCAAGUAUGUGUUUGGGAGGGAAGACAAUUUUGUGCCAUGGUCCAACAUUGAAGAUGUUAUAAUAAAUGAAGUCAUCAAAUUGAACCGAGUUCUGUACAUUCUGACUUUACUGGUCAAAACUGGAAGUUCAACAAAUAAUGCAACUUUUACUUCAACAAGUAAUGAAUCUAUCAAACUGAUACCAUUGUUCAAGUACACGAAACCUCGGCUGGUUAUGCUGGAGACAAUAUACUCUGAACUGCAAGCGUUGCUAAUGGCGUCACAGUGUGAAGACCCUGAUCUAGGAGCUGGCGAUAAUAGCUCGUUUACACAGCCUGCGUAAGCGUAGACGUACCGCGUACCAUUGCGUUGUAAUGUAUGGAACUGUAUGAAACAUGGCACACCGCUUGCGUAAAGCGUGGACGUAUGCGUAACCCGGUGUGUUAGGGGUUUACGCGGGUCACUACGCAAUUGGUGUGAAUCGGCCUUAGAUCACCGAAUCAGAUCUAACUUAAAUACUUAAUAUAGAAUCGUUUUUGUAUUCCAUUAAUAUUCUUUAAUUCUUCCUAUUAUCGAAAUCUUCCUGUUAUAGGUAUAGAUUUAUAUGUAUCUAUAUCCGACGAAAUCGCGGGCUUAAGCUAGUCUAAAUAUAUAAAAAAAGCUGACUGACUGACUGACUGACUGACUGAUCUAUCAACGCAUAGCUUAAACUACUGUACAGAUCGGGCUGAAAGGCACGCUAUUGUGACAUAGACAUGUGCUAAAAAAGGAUUUUUGAAAAUUCGACCCCUAAGGGGGUAAAAUGGGGGGUCGAAAUUUGUGUGGCCCUCGCGGACGAAGUCGCGAGCAUAGGCUAGUAUAUUAUAAAAUAAUAAUUAACCCACCAGUGUGAAUUGAAGCGAGACUGAUAAGUUAUAUAAUAUGAAAGUUGAAUAAAGUGUAAUGUUUUCACAAACAAUUUGAAGAGAAAAUGUGUGUAAUUAUCAUUUAUUAUUAAACUAGAAGGUCGGUUGUUGUACGCAAUCUCUAAACUAAUUUGGUCUCUUUCCGCACAGAGCAUUAUGAAAGAAAUAGCAAUACUUUUAGAAAAUUGUCAUUUAAUAGUUUAGAGUUUGUAUACAACAGAAUUAGUUCCAUAUUUUAUUAAUUGUUGUAAAUAUAAUGAUUAUUUAUUUAUUAAGAUGGGUUCUGUAGGUUAAGUUUAUG